AUGUACGGUUAUGUACAUGCCGUCUCCGGUCCUGUGGUUACCGCUACUAAAAUGAGUGGUGCUGCUAUGUACGAAUUGGUACGUGUCGGUCAUAGUGAAUUGGUAGGAGAAAUUAUCCGUUUGGAAGGAGAUUCCGCCACAAUUCAGACAUAUGAAGAAACCUCUGGUGUAACAGUUGGCGAUCCUGUACUUAGGACAGGCAAGCCAUUAUCCGUCGAAUUAGGCCCAGGCAACAUUUUUGAUGGAAUUCAACGUCCUUUGAAGGAUAUUAACGAAAUGACUGAAAGUAUCUAUAUUCCCCGUGGUGUCAACACUUCUGCUCUCGGUCGUACCGCACAAUGGGAAUUUAAACCUAGAGACGCUAAAGUUGGUUCUCAUAUCACUGGUGGUGAUAUAUAUGGUAUUAUCCGUGAAAAUUCUUUGAUUGAGCACCGCUUAAUGUUGCCCCCGAGUGCUAGAGGAACUGUAACUUACAUUGCACCCCCUGGAAAUUAUACCAUCAACGAUGUUGUAUUAGAAACUGAAUUUGACGGUGAGAAGAGCUCCUAUACGAUGUUGCAGGUAUGGCCUGUUCGUCAGCUACGUCCAGUUGCUGAGAAAUUGGCAGCAAAUCAUCCACUACUUACUGGUCAAAGAGUACUUGAUUCCCUUUUCCCCUGCGUCUUGGGUGGAACUACUGCUAUUCCUGGAGCAUUCGGAUGCGGUAAAACUGUUAUUUCUCAGUCGCUUUCUAAGUAUUCCAACUCCGAUGUUAUCAUUUAUGUUGGUUGUGGUGAGCGUGGUAAUGAAAUGUCUGAAGUAUUGCGUGACUUCCCAGAGCUCACUGUUGAAAUCGGUGGUGUCACUGAAUCUAUCAUGAAAAGAACAGCUCUCGUUGCCAAUACCUCUAAUAUGCCUGUAGCUGCUCGUGAAGCAUCAAUCUAUACAGGUAUUACCUUAUCAGAGUACUUCCGUGAUAUGGGAUAUAACGUGAGUAUGAUGGCAGAUUCUACCUCCAGAUGGGCUGAGGCCUUGCGUGAAAUUUCCGGACGUUUAGCUGAAAUGCCUGCUGACAGCGGUUACCCCGCUUAUCUAGGUGCACGUUUGGCAUCUUUCUAUGAACGAGCAGGUCGUGUCAAAUGUAUUGGUAAUCCAAGCAGAGAAGGUAGUGUUAGCAUUGUCGGUGCAGUAUCACCGCCAGGUGGUGACUUUUCCGAUCCAGUCACUUCAGCUACCCUUGGUAUCGUUCAGGUAUUUUGGGGUCUAGAUAAAAAAUUGGCUCAACGUAAGCAUUUCCCAUCGAUCAACUGGCUUAUCAGUUACAGCAAGUAUCUACGUGCUUUGGAUGAUUUUUAUGAAAAAAAUUACUCGGAGUUUGUACCUUUAAGAACUAAGGUCAAGGAAAUUUUACAAGAAGAAGAAGAUCUAUCUGAAAUUGUACAACUUGUUGGCAAGGGUUCAUUGGCUGAAGCAGACAAAAUUACGUUAGAAGUAGCCAAAUUAAUUAAAGAUGAUUUCUUACAACAGAACGGUUAUACCCCUUAUGAUCGUUUUUGCCCAUUUUAUAAAACUGUUGGUAUGCUUCAAAAUAUGAUAUCUUUCUAUGAUUCGGCUCGUCAUGCUGUUGAGUCAACAGCUCAAGCAGAUAACAAAAUUACUUGGGGAAUGAUUAAAGAACAGAUGAAUGAUGUACUGUAUGCCUUAAGUAGUAUGAAAUUCAAGGAUCCUAGUAAAGAUGGCGAAGCAAAAAUUAAAGCAGAUUUUGCGGAAUUGAAUGAACGUAUUCAACAGUGUUUCCGUAAUAUGGAAGACUAG